UUUCAAAGAGCUUUAAAAAGUGAAAAGUGUUUAAGGGAGCACACAACUAGAAGUUAAUUAAAAAUUUGAAAUAUUUAUAAAAAAUAAAAAUAAAAUGGGUUGCUGUGGCUCUAAGGAUUUGGAUAAGAAAAAAUCAUGGAGUCCUUCGGAAACAAAUAAUGGAAGUACCUCAUCCACGAUUAUAGCACAACCCAGUGAUGAUUCGGGUACUGGUACUUUUCGCAAGAAAAACUACACAACAACGCUGAAUCAUACCAUAAUGACAACAACCACAAACUCUACAGAAAAUACCACAGAGAAUUAGAUUUUAGUAUAGUUUAACGAAAAACCUUUUUUAGUAUUAAGUUUAAAAUCUUUUUUUUUUAUAUAAUUCUAAUUAGCAAUUAAUAACGAAAUAAUGUUUGCUUUUUUUAAGCCAAAGCGAAAUUUUAUAAAAUUUUUUGUAAAAAUAAAUGAAUAAUUAAAAAAAAAAA